AUACUUGUGAGGCGCCUGUCACAUGAGCCGCGCGCCCGCUCCGCUCCCCCUCCUCCCGGCUGGGCUGUGAAUGAAGCUCUGCCGGCUACGUGGGGCGCUAGCUCGGCUUGGUGUCCUGGACGCCAGAGUCCACGGAGCGCUCGGCCCGCCGGCGGCCGACACGGGCUCCGCCGCCCCUGACCUCGCGACAGCAAAUCAGUUUCCUGGAGUGCCAAGUGAAAUUGUACGUGUGCCCGUGUGAUAACGUCCGUGUAAGCUACCCGGAAUAAGUGAGGAGAAUCCAGAAGUGUGGAGCGUAAAAAGCCAGUUCAGGGCUUGAACUUCUUGCAGAAAACAAGGCCACACUGCGGCUGGCCCAUCUAUAUCCUAUUUGAGCCUCCUUACAAAACUGGAGGGCUUUGGGAAGCUGAGUGUGUGACUCCAGUGUGGGUGAAGAAAGGAUCAAGAUGGCCAUGUGGCAGGGGGCCAUGGAUAACAGAAGCUUUCAGCAGGGGAGUUUCAAUAGCUUCCAGAGCAGCUCCAGUGAUGAAGACUUGAUGGAAAUACCAGGGACAGCUAUGGAUUUUUCCAUGAGAGAUGAUGUUCCUCCCUUAGAUGGAGAAAUAGAAGAGGACAAGUCAUACAAUGGUGGAGGAAUAGGUUCUUCAAAUAGGAUGAUGGACUUCUUGGAGGAGCCAAUCCCUGGUGUGGGGACCUAUGAUGAUUUUAAUACAAUUGACUGGGUGAGGGAGAAGUCUCGAGAUCGGGAUAGGCACCGAGAGAUUACCAAUAAAAGUAAAGAGUCAACAUGGGCCUUAAUUCACAGUGUGAGUGAUGCUUUUUCUGGCUGGUUGUUGAUGCUACUUAUUGGGCUCUUAUCAGGUUCCUUAGCUGGCUUGAUAGACAUUUCUGCUCAUUGGAUGACAGAUUUAAAAGAAGGCAUAUGCACAGAGGGAUUCUGGUUUAACCAUGAACACUGUUGCUGGAACUCUGAUCACGUCACCUUUGAAGUCAGAGACAAAUGUCCUGAGUGGAAUAGCUGGUCCCAGCUUCUCAUCAGCACGGAUGAGGGAGCCUUUGCCUACAUAGUCAAUUAUUUCAUGUAUGUCCUCUGGGCUCUCCUAUUUGCCUUCCUUGCCGUGUCUCUUGUCAAGGUAUUUGCGCCUUAUGCCUGUGGCUCCGGAAUUCCUGAGAUAAAAACUAUCUUGAGCGGUUUUAUUAUUAGGGGCUAUUUGGGUAAGUGGACCCUAAUUAUCAAAACCAUCACGUUGGUGCUGGCCGUGUCAUCUGGCUUGAGCCUGGGCAAAGAGGGCCCCCUAGUGCACGUGGCUUGCUGCUGUGGGAACAUCCUGUGCCACUGCUUCAACAAAUACAGGAAGAAUGAAGCCAAGCGCAGAGAGGUCUUGUCAGCUGCAGCAGCAGCUGGUGUAUCCGUAGCCUUCGGGGCACCGAUCGGUGGAGUAUUAUUCAGCCUAGAAGAGGUCAGCUACUAUUUCCCCCUCAAAACGUUGUGGCGUUCGUUCUUUGCUGCCUUGGUGGCAGCAUUUACUCUACGUUCCAUCAAUCCCUUUGGGAACAGCCGCCUCGUUCUGUUUUAUGUGGAGUUUCACACCCCAUGGCAUCUCUUUGAGCUAGUGCCGUUCAUUCUGCUGGGCAUAUUUGGUGGUCUGUGGGGAGCUUUGUUUAUCCGCACCAACAUCGCCUGGUGUCGGAAGCGUAAGACCACUCAGUUGGGCAAGUAUCCUGUCAUAGAGGUACUCGUUGUGACAGCCAUCACUGCCAUCCUGGCUUUCCCUAAUGAAUACACCCGCAUGAGCACAAGUGAGCUCAUUUCUGAGCUGUUUAAUGACUGUGGCCUUCUGGACUCCUCCAAGCUCUGUGACUAUGAGAACCGUUUCAACACAAGCAAGGGGGGUGAACUGCCCGACAGACCGGCUGGUGUAGGAGUCUACAGUGCCAUGUGGCAGCUGGCCUUGACACUCAUACUGAAAAUUGUCAUCACUAUAUUCACCUUUGGCAUGAAGAUCCCAUCUGGCCUGUUCAUCCCCAGCAUGGCUGUUGGUGCUAUAGCAGGCCGACUUUUAGGAGUAGGAAUGGAGCAGCUGGCUUAUUACCACCAUGAUUGGGCCAUCUUCAAUAGCUGGUGCAGUCAAGGAGCAGAUUGCAUCACCCCUGGCCUUUAUGCGAUGGUUGGGGCUGCAGCCUGCUUAGGUGGGGUGACUCGGAUGACUGUUUCUCUUGUUGUCAUAAUGUUUGAACUAACUGGUGGCUUGGAAUAUAUUGUGCCUCUGAUGGCUGCAGCCAUGACAAGCAAAUGGGUGGCAGAUGCUCUGGGGCGGGAGGGCAUCUAUGAUGCCCACAUUCGUCUCAAUGGAUACCCCUUUCUUGAAGCCAAAGAAGAGUUUGCUCAUAAGACUCUGGCAAUGGAUGUGAUGAAACCCCAGAGAAAUGAUCCUUUAUUGACUGUCCUUACUCAGGACAGUAUGACUGUCGAAGAUAUAGAGACUAUCAUUAGUGAAACCACAUACAGUGGCUUCCCAGUGGUGGUGUCCCGGGAAUCCCAAAGACUUGUGGGUUUCGUCCUCCGAAGAGAUCUCAUCAUUUCAAUCGAAAAUGCUCGCAAAAAACAGGAUGGAGUUGUGAGCACUUCCAUAAUUUAUUUCACUGAGCAUUCUCCUCCAAUGCCACCGUACACGCCACCCACCCUAAAACUUCGGAAUAUCCUGGAUCUCAGCCCCUUCACUGUGACCGACCUUACACCCAUGGAAAUUGUAGUGGACAUCUUCCGCAAGCUGGGACUGCGGCAGUGCCUGGUUACACACAAUGGGCGAUUGCUUGGAAUCAUUACCAAAAAAGAUGUGCUAAAGCAUAUAGCACAGAUGGCGAACCAAGAUCCUGACUCUAUUCUCUUCAACUAGAAUCACAGGGUUGUGCUGGAUAUAAAACAGGAAGGACAUUGCAGACCAUGGAUGUAUUUUAUUAACUGGGUACCCAAAACACAUUUCCCAUAUUUGGAUGGUGAAGUUAUAUUAGUGUGUCGUCUCUUUCCUAUAAGUUAACCAGUUGCACUACAUAAUCUCUGGAAUUUAAUCUUCUCUUUAGGAGAAAAUACAGUUAGGUUUCUGUGAUAUCGCAUUAGGAAGAUUUCAUGAGAGAGUAAACAAGAUUGCUAGGUUUUAAUUCUUUAAUUUUUUUUUUAGUUUAAAACUUGUUAGCCAAUAUGCAAUCACUGAAAACUAUGCAAGAAAAAUUCCAACCGUCCUGACCUGUAGCCUGCAGAAAGCUCAUGACCAAGUCACUUUUUUUGGACUCUGUCAUUGGUGGAAGAUGAAGUGUAAAAUAAGGGCUUUGCUUUUCCGAACACAGAAAGGAAAGCCAGAAGGAAAAUAGUAAUGCUGUUUUCCAGACUGUGAAAAUUCAGUUCAAAUGUUAUCUUGUUUCUGUUACAAUAUUUAGCAUUAUCAGUUUGGUGUGUGUAUGUGUAUGUUAAUUUUAAUAUCUGAUUAUAAGACAAUGCUGCUUUGGUUAACCUCUUCUAAAUGAAUUUAGAGAGGUUGACUUUUAUAGCUUGCUUGUUCCUGGUACUCUUUUGAAGUGCACAAAGAUAAGUUAUGGAGCUUUCUCCUUGUCUGCCAAAAGGGUGAUUUUCCAGAUAGUAUUUGUUAGCCAGUAGACAAGGACUUUGCUGUGAAUUUGUGAGUAACAAGGAAUGAUUUCUUCAGCUUCCUUGAAAUGAAUGAUUAGUAAAUUUCUAAGCAGAG